AUGAUGUCACGACGUGCAAAGUGCCAAGAGGGCGGAAGACUGUCCAACCCACCGCCAAGCGGCCGACCAGCUAGCUAGUCAGCCAUCAUGGCCUUCCGCGACAUAUCGAAAGAAGCACUCAUUGGGACCGCCACGCUCGGGGUUGUUUUUAUCACGGGAUAUUUGUUCGGGAAGUGGAAACCUUUCAGAAUGAACUUUUCCAAAAGUCAUGGCAGCGGGCAAAACAACCCACUGAUGCAGUACAUCUUGCGCCACUCCAUGAGGGAGCAUCCUGCCUUGGCCAAGCUCAGACUGAGGACACUGGAGCACAACGGAAACGCCAUGAUGGUCUCUUGCGAGCAGUCACAGUUCAUGGCCAAUUUGGUCCGACUGAUCAAAUCCAAGAAGGCCUUAGAGAUCGGAGUGUACACAGGUUACAACACUCUCAGUGUGGCUCUGGCAUUGCCUGAUGACGGCGUGGUGGUGGCGUGCGACGUCAGUGAGGAAUACGCUAACGUUGGCAAGCCGUUCUGGCAAGAGGCAGGAGUCGAGAAAAAAAUUGACCUGCGCAUUCAGCCAGCAUUGGACACACUGGAGGAGCUUUUGGCUGCCGGCGAGGCGGAAACUUUUGACUUUGCCUUUAUUGACGCCGACAAAGUAAACUACGACUCCUACUUCGAAAAGUCUCUGCAGCUGAUCAGAAAAGGCGGCAUCAUUGCCAUCGACAACGUGCUGUGGGGCGGCAGGGUGCUCCAACCCGCCGCGGACGACCACGAUACACUGGCCAUCGACAGGCUCAACAAGAAGCUGCACAGAGACGCUCGCAUCAGCCUGAGCAUGCUCACUGUGGGCGACGGCCUCACGCUGGCCAUCAAAUUGUAGGACGGGCGGCACCGACGUUAGCAGGCUGCUCGUUCCAAGGAGAAUCGUGUAGCUAUGAUGCACCGUUUGGUUUUACUCAAAACUAAAAUUUACCUCAUUUUGUAUUUCCUCAAAUAGUGGCCAGGGGGCGUUUGUUUGCUGAAAUGCAAAGAAUUGGGUGUCUUAAGGCAGUAGUUCUUAAACAGUUAAAAAAAUAAUAAUAAUACUUCUCGGCACCACUCUAAUGGCCAACAUUGAAAUAUCGAUGACUAAAUGAUUUAAUAUGUUUGUUUAUAAAUUUACCCCAAGUCUAAUGUUUUUAUAGACAUGAUUAUUUUUUUUUUGUGAUAGUAAUUGGCAUUUGUUAAGUAAAGUUAAGAGCCAGUUACAAUGUUCUGGAGUCGUAGCCUAAGUGAUAUAGAGUAUUGUGGAGAAGUGGGUUUAGGAGAGCGGGGGCCACUAUUCCAGGAAAUACAGCUUUAACAUGAAAAGUUUGAAUGUUUUUUUUUAAACAAAUUUGUAAUUACAAAAGCAAGGAACUCAUUUAUUUGAAAUAAAUUCCCUGGAUUGUU